UUUAAAACAUUGUUUAAAGUAAAAAAUCCAACUUGAUUCCUCGCAUAUAAUUUUUGUUGUUGCGGUUCCAUUGUUUGGCUUGGGUUGAUUGCAUUCUUCCCAGAGAUUGAACCCCCAGACACACUUGAGCAGUGUUGGUUUGUGCUUUUAUGUCUAGUGGUAGGAGCGGAAGCAGUUUUGGUUUGUGUUUUAUGUGAAGUACGUGUUGUGUCAGCAAUUUGCUAUUAUAUUUGCUCUCCAGCUUGUUUUGGCUAUUAAGUUUUGCGUGAUUAUCGUGGAAUUUAAUUACCAUGUGUCGAAUUUCUUAGCCUCAGCACUGGGGCACACCCAGGACUUACUGGUGCUGAAUUUUCUUGAGGAAUGAUGCUACUCAACAUAUUCCAAUUUUGAAUUUUUGAAUUCGAUACUACCGCUCAGCUCACCUUUUUCACAAAUUAUUGAGCAUAGGUUAUUGGCCACUCAACUUUUUCUUCACCCCUUUUUUUCUUUUUCUUCGUGAAAACUUAAUUACCAUGCAAAGCAUCAGGAGAUCAUGGUGCGCAAAGUUUUCUCAGCUAGUUCAAUUAUGUUGUAGAAGUGCAGGUUCUAACUUGUCAAAGUUGGUAAAGUCAUUGGAGCUGGUAUCCAAUCACCUUGUUUGAAUCCGGCUUACAGUCUUAAGUAGCUGGGUUUGGAUGACCCCUUCCGCUUUCCUAACAAAAAAGGGAAAAAGAAAAAGAAGAAAAAGGAUAUGCUGUAGCAAAGGAGGGUGAACCAUGGAAGUAACCAUUUGUGUGAGAAGUAACCAUUUGUGUGAACAUCUUUAAUGAUUUUUUAAAUUUUUCUAAUUGACUUCUCAACCUAAAUUACGCUAGUUAGAAUUCAUAUUUGGUAACAUUUUUAAUUAAAUUUGUUAUACUUCCUAUUCCCUGAAGACACAAUAAAAAUAACCAAAAAUUAAUUCUCUGGCCCUUUAAGAAAAACCUGUUUUUAAGCCGGCCAAGUGCCAAAUUUUGAUUUGCACAUCUCUCCACGUAUAUAUAAAAUAUUUCAAACUUUAUUAUCUUAGCCCAUAUAAAUUGCUAAAUCCCAGCUAUUACAAAUUGAUAAACCUUUGGUUGCUUGUUGAUGCAAUCUGGAAACUUUGGGCCAAAUUUUUCCCAAUCACCUUUUUCUUCACUAUACAAGAUAUUCUAAUUAAUAUUUUAAAUUAAUUACUAAUUAUAGAUUUCAACCCUGCCGAGAUCUUCCAAAAUCUAAGAUUGUGGAUGCUCCAUAUAUUUUCUAUCUUUUAUUCUUUUGUUUUUCGAAAUGAAGAGCAGGAAGAUAAUAACAGACUUCGGUCUCCACCGAGAUAAUAAAUCUUCUCGGUUUAUGGAACCGUUGGUUUUCAGAAUCCGGCGAGAUCAGUAGGCUCUCCUGAACUCGAACCAGUUUGUCUCCAACGAAAUCUCUCUCUCUAUCUAUCUAUGAACGCAAUCCAAACAAAAUCCAUUGCCAAUUUCGCAGAACUUAUCCGCCGAUCGAAUCCGGAAUCCAAAGUUCUCACUUUGUGCAAGCUCGGCAGGUUAAAAGAAGCUCUUGAUGUCCUCCAUUCCCAUCCCACCCCCUUAUCCCCUUCCACCUACUCCUCUCUACUCCAGCUCUGCAUCGAUUGCAAUGCCAAACAAGAAGGAAGAUCACUCCACGAUUACCUGUCAGCAAUCGGGCAUGCGUCAAAUCUGCAUCUGUGCACCAAAUUUGUGAUCUUCUACGCGAAAGUUGGAGACUUGGUCGCUGCUCGAAGGGUGUUUGUUGAAAUGCCCGAGAGGAGCGUCGUGUCGUGGACUGCGAUGAUUUCUGGGUAUUCUCAGAAUGGGUAUUCAGAUGAAGCUCUAAAGGUUUUUUCUUGGAUGCGUCGGUUGGGUGUUAAGGCAAAUCAGUUCACUUAUGGUAGUGCUCUGCGGGCGUGUACUGGUCUGGGUUGUGUUAGGAGCGGGGGGCAGAUUCACGGGUGCAUUGUGAAGAGCAGAUUUGUGGAGGAUUUGUUUGUGCAGAGUGCUCUCGUGGAUUUGCAUUUGAAGUGUGGUUCGGUUGAGGACGCUUGGUGCUUGUUUGGGAUGAUGGAGAAGAGAGAUGUGGUUGCUUGGAAUUCGGUGAUUGGAGGGUGUGCGGUGCGGGGGCUUGAAGAGGACGCAUUUGGAUAUUUUUGCUUGAUGCUUCGAGAUGGUCUUCAGCCUGAUCAUUUCACUUUUGGAAGUCUUUUGAAGGCAUGUGGUUUAGUUAGAACUCUUGUGCAUGUGAAUCAGAUUCAUGCUUUCAGUGUCAAAUUGGGUUAUGAGAAUCAAUCUAUUGUCACUGGAUCACUGAUUGAUGCAUAUGCAAAAUGUAGGAGCAUGCAGAAUGCUAGAUUGGUAUAUGACUCGAUGUAUGAACAAGACUUGAUUUCCUGUACUGCACUAAUCACUGGGUAUUCAUUGGAAAGAAACUGCAGUGGGAAGGCAUUGGAGCUUUUUUGUGAAAUAAAUAGGAUGGGCAUGAGAAUUGAUGAUGUGAUUUUAUGUUCCAUGAUUAAUAUAUGUGCCAAUAUAGCUUCAUUGAGCUUGGGAAGACAAAUUCAUGCUCAUGUAAUUAAGAAACAGUCCAACCAUGAUAUAGCCUUGAGCAAUGCUCUCAUUGACAUGUAUGCAAAAUCAGGAGAACUUUGGGAUGCCCGUUGUGCUUUUGAUGAGAUGCAGUAUAAAAAUGUUAUUUCAUGGACUUCAUUGAUUGCUGGAUAUGGAAAGCAUGGUUCUGGAGAAGGUGCAAUAGCACUCUUUGUGAAGAUGGAGGAUGAUGGGGUGAAGCCAAAUGAUGUUACAUUCCUUUCUCUUCUAUCUGCAUGUAGUCAUUCUGGCUUGACUAAUAAAGGAAUGGAGUAUUUCAAGUCUAUGGUUAGCAAGUAUGGGAUCCACCCCAGAGCUGAACAUUAUUCAUGUGCCGUUGAUCUUCUUGCACGUGGAGGUCAAUUACAAGAAGCAUAUGAUUUUGUAUGCAAGAUGGAUGCUAAGCCUAAUGCAUCACUUUGGGCUGCUGUGCUUGGGGCAUGUAGAAUGCAUGGUAACACGUCUCUUGGGGAAAUUGCUGCAGGGUAUCUUCUUAAUUUAUAUCCUGAAAGAUCAGUAAACUAUGUUGUCCUAGCAAAUACGUAUGCAUCAGCAGGGUUGUGGGAGAGUGCCUGGAAGAUAAGGAAGUUGAUGCUGCAAAGAGCUACAAAGAAAGAUGCAGGCUGUAGCUAUAUUUAAUUUUUUAAAAAAAAAAAAGAGAACAUUUUUUAAACAAAUUGAGUUCUUGCAGGACUUCGGAAAAUGUUGAAAUAUCCAGGACAGGAUCAGUUGGACAUCCUUAUUAUUUUAUACUUCCAGCAAAGGAUCAUAUAUUCUCAAUUAUGCUGCUGCUUCUUUAUAGGUUUGCUCAUGUAUUCAGAUCACUUUGGUCUUCCUAUCUAUGGGACAAACUAUUUGGCAUUCUGGUCUAUCUGGAAUUCUGCAUCAGCAUUGAAUCAUGUCAUGAGAAGAGAAGUUCUGCCAUGGCAGUCAUAUUUGGGAGGCAGAUUUGAAGCUUUAGUUGAGAGCUCCCAUUUUGGUUCUGCGAUGGCGGGGUUUGUCGAGGACUUUCAAUAAUCAACCCUCUCAUCUUGCAUUACAGGAUAACCUUGCUCAUGGGAGAUGUAAAAAGAUCAGGUGCACCCAGUGAAUCUGAGCAGAACAUGUAUACAGUCCAGACAAGAGUACUCAAAUUAUAUGAUAUAAGUUCAUAUAUUUUAUUCAAAGAAAAAUAAAUUUGAAAUAGACUCUUCUACAGGGAUUGUUAUCCAAGGAGGAUAAAUAUGUUGUUAUCCAGGAUUUCUGACCAUAAUUGAUGACCAUUUUGAUGUAUUGGAGGCUGAGGAGUUUUCUUUCACCCAGAUUUGAUGGGAGUUGAUUCAUGAUUGAAUGAGCCUUAAGAUGAACAGAUCGCAGUGCUACAUGAAUCAAUAGAAGCAGCUUUUUGAAAAUAUGUUAUUUGCAAGUGGUGUAAAUGGUAGCGGAUGAAGAGAAUUUUUAAAGGAAAAAAGAAUAAUGGGAUAUACAAGACAGUUCCGCAGCAGGUUUUUGGUGAAGUAUUGCUCUCUAGGUAUAAAAAGCUAUCAGAUGAGGUCUAUAAAGAAUUUCACAUCAUAUUCAAAUGCAGAAUUGCUAUUAGUUUAUUCUAAAUUGUUUAUGGGUGUUCAUUAAGUUUUUGUAAACAAAAACUGAAUUUUGACGGCCAAGGGUGUAAAUAUUGAAUUAGAUCAUUUUUGUAUUUUGAUAAUUUGGAAUGCUGUUGAGGGGAGCCUUGAGGCGCUAAAA